AUGGCGGUGCUACCGCCCUUCAACUUCCUCACGCUGCAUUACAUCUAUUUUCUGGCAACACCGCUGUUCUGCAGCAUCAUCUUUUGGUGCUCGUCGACGCCCUUCCGCAGUGUUGCUUAUGUCGAUGCAUUGUUCUUGUGCGUGAGUGCCAUGACCGGCGCGGGGUUGAACACGGUUGAUCUCUCAACGUUGAAUACUUUCCAACAAGUGAUUCUAUUUUUGCUGCUCAUCCUGGGUUCAGCAAUUCUUAUCUCCAGCACUGUUCUGUACGUUCGAAAGCGUGCCUUUGAAUCCAAGAUCAAAGGAAUUUCGGAAGCGCAUCGUCGGCCUGCUACGUCAAAGUUCGUCGAAACAGACGACCAAGGUUCUCAGGCUCAAGCAGAUCACAUUGUCCUGAAAGACCGUCUUCACUCUGGUGAGGGGGGUCUCGCAAUAGUCAAACCCCCGGCCGGCGAUCAGGUGGUUGUCAACAUAGAAGCUGUCACAACCUCGCUAGACUUUGACGACCAAAUUCAAUGGGUCGAUGAUGACCAGGUCACCGUCAACAACUUGAAGCCACGAAACUACCACAAUAAUCACCGGAUCUUCCCCAUGGCCGGGGUUGGUGCUCGACCGGGUCUGAACAACCAUCCCAAGGAUGUCCAGCCAAACUUACCGUCGUACGAGGAAAAUCAGCGGUCUGGUGGUCCGAAUGGGUUCGCCAGCGGGGCUUCCUGGUAUCUCCCGUUCAAGGGUCACAUUUCACGUAACUCUCAGUUCUAUGGUCUGACGCCGGCUGAACGUGAGCAAUUAGGCGGGGUCGAAUACAAGGCUGUUUCAUUCUUGUCGGUGAUUGUCCCGACCUAUUUUUUUUCCUUUCUCUUCCUAGGAAUCAUGGGUAUGGGGGCGUGGGUUGCCAUCAACCACCCUGAAGUCGCCCGAGAGAAUGGCCUGUCACCCUUCUGGACCGGAGCCUUCUUCGCUUGCUCCGCAUUCAAUAACAGUGGAAUGGCCUUGCUGGAUGCCAAUAUGACUGCUUUUCAGACAAACGCCUAUCCCCUCCUAACCAUGUCAAUCUUGAUUCUUGGCGGGAAUACAUUAUACCCAUGCUUUUUGAGAUUUAUUAUCUGGACAAUGCGUCUGGUCUUGCCGAACAGGCCGUACUUUCAGGAAUGGAGAGUCGUUCUCAACUUUAUCUUGGACCAUCCUAGAAGGGUAUAUACAAACCUUUUCCCAAGUCGCCAUACAUGGUACCUACUCGGGACGAUCAUUGUUCUCAACGGAAUCGACUGGGCUGGGUUCGAACUGCUUUCGAUUGGCAAUACAGAAGUUGACUCUCUACCAACCAAAUAUCGAAUUCUGGACGGUCUGUUCCAGGCCAGUGCUGUCCGAUCUGGUGGCUUCUAUGUUGUUACCAUUUCCAACCUCAAGCAAGGAUUGCUUGUCCUAUAUGGUAAGCCCUCCUCCCACUAUGUCUCGGCAUUCCCAGUGCUACUCACCAUGAGAAACACGAAUGUCUAUGAAGAGCGUUCCCUGGGCAUUUAUGCCAACGGCAAUACAGACGAUGAAUCCAAAGAUCCCAAUCUUCUCCUCGUUCUGUUUCGGCAUCACAUCCUCGGCCGCAAAGAUCCUCUCACCGCAGACGAAUCUUCCCGCAGCUAUUUCGUGCGCCAGCAGCUCCGCUCCCAGCUCAGCCACGAUAUCUGGUGGAUCGCCCUCGCCGUGCUGUUCAUCUCCAUCGCCGAGGCGUCGGGCUACGAGCGCCAGCCCGUAGCCUUCUCCACCUUCAACAUCAUCUUCGAGGUCGUCUCCGCCUACGGCUGCGUCGGCAUCAGCGUAGGAUACCCGGGCAAGAACUACUCCUUCUGCGGCGCCUGGCACCCCAUCAGCAAACUCAUCCUCGCAGCCGUCACCCUGCGCGGCCGCCACCGCGGUCUGCCCGUCGCUAUCGACAAGGCCGUCAUGUUGCCUAGCGAAUCGCUCGCCUGGGCGGAAGAAGAAGAUGCCGCUCUGAGACGUGAGCGCUCUCGAAUGCUCUGGUUGGAUCGCGCACCUGAUUCUUCGGUUUAA